CAGGUUCCUACAAGAAGAUCUGAGUUUGUUUCGUCAUGUCUGGAGUUCCAGCAGUCAGGAUCAGCAUCGAGUCUUCCUGUGAGAAACAAGUUCAGGAAGUGGCUCUGGAUGGCACAGAGACAUAUGUCCCUCCUUUGUCCAUGUCCCAGAACCUGUCAAAGUUGGCACAAAGAAUUGAUUUUAGCCAGGGGUCCGACUCGGAGGAGGACAGGGUCGAUGGUGAGCCCAGGGACCGAGACUGGGGCAAGCAGGAGUUGGAGGAAGAAGAAGGCACCGUGAAGUUUCAGCCCUCUCUGUGGCCUUGGGACUCGGUGCGUAACAAUCUGCGCAGCGCCCUGACCGAGAUGUGUGUGCUGUACGAUGUGCUGAGCGUGGUGAAGGAGAAGAAGUACAUGGCCUUAGAUCCAGUUUCACAGGAUCCGACUGCUGGCAAGACGCCUCAGGUGUUCCAGCUCAUCAGUAAGAAGAAAUCUUUGGCCACAGCAGCGCAGGUUCUCCUGAAAGGAGCAGAGAAGCUCAAUAAGUCUGUUGCGGAGAACCUGGAGAACCGGAGGCAGCGGGACUUCAACGCUGAGCUGCUUAGACUUCGUUCUCAGUGGAAACUCCGCAAAGUGGGAGACAAGAUCCUGGGAGACCUCAGCUACCGGAGCGCUGGUUCCCUGUUUCCUCACCACGGCACAUUUGAGGUGAUCAAAAACACAGACAUUGAUCUAGACAAAAAGAUCCCAGAGGACUACUGUCCACUGAACGUCCAGAUCCCCAGCGACUUGGAGGGAUCGGCUUAUAUCAAGGUGUCCAUUCAGAAACAGGCUCCGGACAUCGGGGAUCUGGGAACGGUCAACCUUUUCAGGAGACCCCAAAAGACAAAAUCUGGGACGCAGCCGUGGCACGUCAAACUGGAGGCGGCUCAGAACGUCUUGCUCUGUAAAGAAAUCUUUGCUCAGCUGUCCAGAGAAGCUGUCCAGAUUAAAUCACAGAUCCCUCACAUCGUCGUGAAGAAUCAGAUCAUCUCGCAGCCCUUCCCAGGCCUGCAGCUGUCGAUCUCUUUGUGCCACUCCACGGGAGAGAAGAAAAACAGUCGGGCCUCUCCAGAGAAACCCAAACCGGACGACCAUCUUUACGUACUGGAACACAAUCUGCAUCAAAUGAUCCGAGAGUUCCACAAGCAGCAGCUGAGUUCUGUGGUCAUGCCGCAUCCUGCCAGCGCUCCGUUCGGCCACAAACGCCUUCGCCUAGCCGGCCCGAUGGCGUACGACAAGGCCGAAAUCUCCAGCCUGCAGCAGAGCGAGGGGCUGCUGGAGAAGAUCAUCAAACAGGCCAAGCACAUCUUCCUACGCAGCAGGACAGCACGAACCAUCGACAGCUUGGCCAGCCGCAUCGAAGACCCUCAGAUCCAGGCUCACUGGUCCAACAUCAACGACGUUUAUGAGUCCAGCGUCAAGGUGCUCAUCACCUCGCAUGGCUACGAGCAGAUCUGCAAGUCCAUUCAGCUGCAGCUCAACAUCGGAGUGGAGCAGAUCCGGGUCGUGCACAGAGAUGGUCGGGUCGUCACGCUGUCCCACCAGGAACAGGAGCUGCAGGACUUCCUCCUCUCGCAGAUGUCGCAGCAUCAGGUUCACGCCGUGCAGCAGCUGGCCAAAGUGAUGGGCUGGCACGUCCUGAGUUUCAGUAACCACGUCGGCCUGGGUCCGGUGGAGAGCAUCGGAAAUGCCUCCGCCAUCACCGUGGCUUCUCCCAACGGAGAGUACGCCAUCUCAGUGCGUAACGGACCGGAGAGCGGCUGCAAAGUUCUGGUCCAGUUUCCCCGCAGUCAGGUCAAAGAUCUGCCGAAGAGCGACGUCAUCCAGGACGCCAAGUGGAACCACCUCCGCGGCCCGUCCAAAGAGGUGCACUGGAACAAGAUGGAGGGACGCAACUUCGUCUACAAGAUGGAGCUGCUCAUGGCUGCUUUCACUCCCUGCCCUUAGAUGAAGCCCCUCUGCUUCACAGUAACUGGCUCACGUUCUCUACAAGCGGCAGCUCCUUAAAGACAAUUUGAGUAACAAUCUGCUUCAGGAGGGAAAAAACAAACCUUCCUGCCUGCAGCCAGAUCAGCUGUUUCUGAUGGCGCCUGGUGGGAAUUUAAACGUUAAACGGGUCAACACGAAAACAAAAAACACAAGUCUGUGUCUGAACUUGAAACGAUGCCCUAAUUUAAAUUAACAGCUUAAACACCUCCGUCUCGUGUUGUGAUCGUUUUGCUCCAAGCGUGAAACAGAC